GACAGUUCGAGUUUCCUCCUAAUACUGUCCUAGUGAGUGCUGUGUAUGCAGUAUCACUCUCAAAGCCUCUCCUCAAACGACUCAAGUUAGAGAUACAGCACUGCGUUGAUUUAACAGGACAACCAGCUCUUAGUCAUCAUCUCAAGUUUGCUAUAGCUCCCGUGAGCACACCCAGUCUUCCUUACCAGUUUGCAAUAGUUGAGGGAGGAGAGUUUAGCUCUAAUAGUGGGUAUGGAUCCAUUGAGCGUAAAGAGUUCUGUUUGCUGUGCAUACUGGCUCGCAUUUUAGGAGAUGAUGGAGGAGGAGGAGGAGGAGGUCAGCAGCAACCUCAAGGACAGAGAGCAGGGAUAGGUUAUACUGAUGUUAAAAAAAAUAUGAAAUAUGCUGGACUAAUUUAUUAUGAGGAGGAACAAGUAGAAGAUUUAGUGACAUUCACUGCAGCUAAAGAAUUGGAGGUACUUAUUCAAUUUGUCAAGCGGAAAUGCUCUCAAGCUAAGAUUGGACCAGAUAUUUCUUUUAGUUUUGAGUGUCCUUAUAAUUGUAUUGAAUUAAAAUUUAAUGCACAUCAGGAUAAACCAACUACAGGCUGGACAGUUACACCACAAACUAAACCUAGCAGACUAUAUCAAGAAGACAUUGACAAAUUUGGUGAUAAACAGCAUUCUCGUCCUUCAUGUUGUCUCAUAUCAGUUUAUGGAUCACCUGAUGCUGUCCCUUUUCUUAAUUACUCUGUACCACUAGUAGGAGUGGUUAAGCCAGUUACAUUAAUCAUUCAUAGGGCACGAAGAAAUCCUCCUCCUCCUUCAACAACAUUUAGGAUUCCAGAGCAAAGUGAUCAGUCCACUCAAAAAGACAAAGGAGGCUUGCACCAUCCAGCAACUAGUACUGGAAAAGAAGAGACUGAUUCAGAUUAUAGGGAAACACUUGGUAGCACAGGAGCUGGCCCAGACAGCAGUAAAAGUGAUGAUGAAAAGCCUCCAGAUGUCAGUGAAUUUUUUCCAAAACUUGAAGACUUUGAGAGCGAAGAGAAAAUAACAAAAAAAUAUUCAACCCACCUAACCAAGGAAGAGCAAGAGUUUAUAGAAAAAGUCAAUGUCAUUCUGGUGACUGCCACAACUAUAGAGUAUCGUGCUGUAAUGGGUGCCACUGAACCUACUGGAGGAGAUAAAAAAUAUAUCAAAGUUAUUACAAAAGAUCGAUCGACAAAUUUUAUUUUAGCAAAAUAUGGUCUGUGUAAUGUUGCAGUGAUAAUGACAGAGCAGGGUCCAGAUAAUACCCAAAGAGUUCUUACUUCAGUACUAGAUGACGUGAAAGCUGAGUUUGUCAUUGCUAUUGGAAUAUGUUAUGGAGUAAAGGAAGACAAAACUGAGGAACUUGGCGAUAAAACAAAACUAGCCAACAUUAUUGUGGCCAAAAGUAUUGUCAACACUGAACAUCAGCGUAGUGAAGAAAAAAGAAAUGUUUUGCCAGAUACAUAUCACUGCGGAGAGAAACUUUUGAAUUUAUUCAAACAUGACAAAGUCUUUAACUUUAAAGAUAAAUCAGUUAAAGUUCACGUUGGUGUCUUGGCCUCUGAGUUUACAUUGCAUCGCAACGAAGAAGAAAAACAGAAAAUAUUAAAGCAAGUUCCACAAGCACUUGGAGGAGAAAUGGAGGCAAAUGGUAUAAAUCGGGUUGCUGUUGCUAAGAAAGAUAAAUUCCAAUGGAUAGUGAUAAAAUCUAUUGUUGACUGGGGAAAUGAAGACAAAGACAAAACAUGGCAACCAUUUGGAGCUGUCUCGUGUGCAAGGUUCGUCCUAAAAUGCUUGAAAGAUCAACCUGAUGAGGGAGAUCCACUGAAGAAACAAUAAAAUAAACUAGUUUUAUAUUGAGUAUUUUUUUAUUAUUAGUCUAGUUUAACUAAUUGAGAAGUUUGUUCUAAUUGAUAUUAA